AUGGAGGAACAUUUAUUAUCUUUGAAAGUGAUGCGACUGUCACGACCAUCAUUUGUGGCAUCAAAUCCAUUAUAUUUUGAACCAGCAACCGAUCCAUUAACUGUAGCAUUGGAAGCUGCAGCCUUGAAUGACUUGACUCUGCUAUCCUCCGACUCAGCAUCAUCAUCGCCAUCAACAACAUCAACAACAGAUCCAUCAACGGUGAGGAUUCGAGAUGUCGCAUCAUCAGAUCUAUUAGCACUACCAGCCGCAUUUGGAAAUAUACAUCUAGGAGAAACAUUUAUAUCUUACUUAUGUGUCAACAAUGAAUCCCCAACUGCUGUACAAGAUGUCGGGAUCAAGGCCGAGCUUCAAACUGCAUCCCAACGAUUUACAUUGGCAGAUACAGUAGCUAUAGCUGUUACUCAACCAAAUGCUGCUAUACAACCUGUAACGUCACCUGGUAGUACCAUGUUUCCAACUAGGACGGGAGGUGCCUCACCGCCAUCGUCACCUGGAGGAAACAACACAUCCCCAUCUAGAGUCUCGUUACUACCUACUCAGUCCGCCGAGUUUAUUAUACAGCACGAAAUCAAGGAAUUAGGUGUACAUAUCUUGGUCUGCUCGGUACAUUACACUGCUGGCACUGAACGACGGUAUUUUAGGAAAUUUUAUAAAUUCCAGGUCUUGAAUCCACUAGCUGUCAAAACGAAAGUCAAUACGCUUCAAGAUGGACGAGUGUUUUUGGAAGCUCAGGUACAGAAUGUGUCGGCUGGUGUCAUGUGUCUGGAGAGGAUGAAGUUUGAUCCGUCAGAGCUGUUUGAGUUUAAGGACUUGAAUGGUGUUAUACUAGCAGAUAAGAGUAAAGGGGCUACGACGUCGAGUAAUAGUAAUAAAAAUAGCACCACAAACACCACAAACACCGAACGAAAACGAGAACCAACGGCCACACCAGUAAACGAAUCCCCAAUGGUAUUUCAGGAUGCCCCAUACUUGAACCCUCAAGACACCCGUCAAUACCUAUACAUGCUAACCCCAAAAACCACAAACGACCCAUUGGCCAGAACAACAUCAACACUAGGCAAACUAGACAUUAUGUGGCGGACUCAAAUGGGUCAAAUAGGUCGCCUCCAAACAUCCCAACUAUCACGCAAAGUACCUCCCGUCGAACCAUACGAUAUAUCCGUAAUCACUCUCCCAAACAUGGUAAAAUCCGAACAACCAUUCACACUACAUUGUCGAGUACGUAAUAAUCUUGCUGGUGAAACACUCAAACUGAGUGUCGCUGCUGUAAAGAGCAAGAUGGGAUCUGUGUUGUUGUGUGGGAUUGCUGAAAAGAUGGUUGGUGAUGUGCCGCCGUUGGAUUCAGUUGAUUUUGAAUUGUCGUUUUUUCCAUUGUUGGCUGGUUUGCACAAGAUAACGGGGUUGAGGAUUAAUGAGGCGAAUUCUGGGACUGGAAGGGAUGUUGAUAGUUUGGCUGAUAUACUCGUGAUAUGA